AGUGUACGGACGUGGCGGCAUGAGCUCCGGCGAUAUCGGAGCGGCAUCAACGGCCCAGCUCGGUCGUGGUACCAGGAACAUGGACGAAUCGUCACAGGAUUAUCAGAUUAUUUUGCCCCGACUGCCAUCAAAUGAUUCAACGCUGCAUACUGUCUUUUUGCACGCUGAUAUCAAGGCGCGGCCGUAUCGCGUUGAGGAUUUCAGGGACGCUCUUAUUCGUUUGGCUUUGCUUCCCGAGGUUGCUGCCUUGGGGGCGUACCAAAUGAAUCAUGUUUGGGCCAUCACUUUCAAGGACGAGGAGGGCAAGAAGAGAAUACUCGCUGCUGGGGACAUUGUGGUGAAGAACCAGCGCUGUAUCACUAUCGACCCUAACCACCAGGAUACGAAGCUGAAGAUACACUGGCUAUUGUUUAACGUUCCUGACGACGAGGUGAGGGCAGCGUUGGCUCCUUAUGGCAAGGUGAACGAAAUAGUGCGAGAGCGCUGGCGCGUGUAUGGAUGCACCGACAAAGGCUCUUCGACGCGAGUGGUGAGCAUCAGGCUCAAAGCUGGCCUCACGGUGGAUGACCUCCCACAUCAGUUGCGGAUUGCCGGAGACCUCACGCUAGUUGUCGUCGCGGGAAGAGCACCGCUAUGCCUGCGUUGCCGCGGAACAGGUCAUAUUAGGAGGGAUUGCCGAGCCCCACGUUGUACAGUGUGUCGGCGUUUUGGGCAUAAUGAGAGCGGCUGUAUGAGAACAUAUGCAAGUGUAGCAGGGCCCGCGGGAGGCGAAGAACUUUCCGAGCAUCACAUGGACGAGGCUGAAGCAGAAGAGCUGAUAGGGGCGCGUCGGGAGGAACCGAAACCCAAGUUGACGCCCCUUACGCCACGCCCCACAGGUGCUGAGACGACGUUUAACAAAGACAAGGGUUCUACAAAAGACGUGCAAUCCACGAGGAACACACAAGAUAUAACGGCGCUUGCAGCACAGGAAGAAAUGUCGGAAAACAUGGACACGUCAAAUACAUGUAAAAGGCCCAGGGAAGAGGCGGAAGGCCAGAAGGCUGCUACAACGAAAGAAGUGGAGGAACCACCGGCCAAGGCGAUGAACGUGCGCCGUAGACCGGCACCUAACAUCCUCAGCGAACGUCGAAUAGCCGAGAACCUCCCACCAACCCAGGUGCAACAGACACAACCGCCGCAGCAGCAACCAGUGCCGAAUCAGCAGACAUUGCAUCAGCGACUGACAGAUCAUCAACAGAAGGGGCCUUCAGCGGGGCCCCCUUCAGAUCAAAAGCCCCCGUAAGGUGGGGGUCUGGAUUAAGUGACACAAGUAUUGACCCGGCGGAAGCACCAACAAAUGGAGCGCAGUGGUGAAGUGUGCAUAAUGUGCUGCGUGAAACGUGCGCGGCGCUCUACUUUUGUGAUCAAAAGAAAGGGGACCUAUCAGACCAUAUCGAACCUUGGACCUGAUGGUGAUAAAGGAGUAUCAGAGGUGAGAACCAUGUGGCCGGGACGGCCAUUCACGUCCUAAUGGCUAUGAGCGUCGAAGCAGAAUUGAGAGUUGCGACUCUCAAUGUCAGGGGACUUGCCGCUCGACGAAGGCAGUAUCAAUUAAGUCGUUUGAUGCUUGAACGUGAUCUCGAUGUUAUUGCCAUUCAGGAAACAAAAGUUGAAGGGCAAGAUCAGACUGACCGAAUGGUGUCCCCUUUUAGAGCCCGGUACGAUGUGUGUGUGUCUCAUGCCGUUGGAAUGUCGGCGGGUUGUGCACUGUUCCUUAAAAAUUCUAUUGGUAUAGUUGAGGAGACUGUAACUGUGUCUAGUACUGGGAGAUUCAUAGUUUGCGAUUUUACAUAUAAUAAUAAAAAAUGGCGAGUUGUCUGUGUUUACGCACCGAACAAAGAAGUUGAACGUAAAUUAUUGUUUGAGAAUUUACAGACUUUUCUUAGCUGUGGCAGGAUUGUCAUUAUGCUCGGCGACUUUAAUUGUGUUUGCAACCCUCAGGACAGAGCAAAAAAAGCAGCCAUAAAAGACCAAAGUGCAACGCUACUCUGCACUAUUGUACAAGAUUGUCAUCUCGAAGAUGUUGGUGAUGUGCUCUCUGCAGAAGAGCACUUCACACACUUUCAGAACGAAAGCCAUGCGAGGCUAGACAGAGCCUAUGUGUCAGUAGAGUUAAUGCGAGUAUGUUCGAAUUAUGAAGUAAAAAGUGUGUCUUUCAGUGACCACAGUUUAGUAAUGUUCACUAUAGGGUAUAAACAGAAGAAGACACGCUUUAACUGGGAUGUGUGGAAAUUAAACGACUUAUUAUUAAAAGAUGAAUUGUUCGUUGAAGCUGUGCAGGAUUCCAUUAACAAAAUGUUAGCUGAGCCUCAAGCGAACGUGAUUGAAGCCUGGGAGCGUUUUAAGGAGGUAACAAAGAUGAAAGCCAUAGAAAGAUCCGGUGUGUUACAUAGAGCC